CACAUCAACAACGGCAGUUUAAUGUUUCGGUAACGAAAAUCAAGUCGCUCUCAAAGUCGUCCAAACAGUCGAAUUGGAUAAGCCUUCGCGUGGAUAAGUUUCGGUUACACGGUGUUACACUUGGCCAACUUGUAUGCUCACAUUUUUUGUGGCUUGUUUUUGUUUUGCCGUUGGGAAUAUCGACUUGCAAUUGUGCAAUCUAUUGCACUAUUUGGAACUUCUUCAGAAUAAAACAGUUUAAGUAGUCGAAAAUUAGGUGAAAAGAGUUUGGAAAAUAGUGAACAAUGUCCAAGGACUAUCCGAUCGAAUUGAUCGGCACCGAUCGCCCAAAUCGAUUUCAAGUCAAUCCAGUCACACCAAUUAAAAAUACCACCACAGAAGAUGUCGAGACCGAAGCAUUUGAAGAAGAUACUUUCGAUGACGACGACAUUGUACUACGGAAUAAUCGUCGUUCGUCGAGAUUAAAUUCGCUUUCGUUGAGGAGUAGCUUCCGUGAUAAAGACAAACCGGCCAAAUACAAAGAUAUUCAAACCACACGGUUUCAAGUACCCCGAAACGAUGAUUCGGAUUCAAAUAGCGAAGACCGUGACAACUUACUGGAAGAUUUCGAUACCAAUUGCCGCCGGAGUUUUUUGCAUUUUACCAGGGAAGCUUUGCCCCGUUUGGACAACUACAGAGACAUUUUAUCAGUGCAAGCUGUCUAUCGACCGACGUUAGAUGAUUUACACAAUGCGACCAUGUCGAAUAAACAAACAAAUGUGCCAAUUGGUGAUCAGGACGUGGAAUCGGAAGGCGGUAUUAAAUUUGGAUGGAUCAAAGGCGUUUUGAUGCGAUGCAUUUUGAAUAUUUGGGGUGUUAUGCUAUUUUUGCGCUUGAGCUGGGUCGUGGCUCAAGCAGGCGUGAUAGAAGGUUGUCUUCUCAUCAUAACAACGACCGUUGUGACAACAAUCACAGCUCUAUCCAUGUCCGCUAUCAGUACAAAUGGCGUCGUAAAAGGAGGUGGAACGUACUACAUGAUAUCGCGUUCUCUUGGUCCCGAAUUCGGCGGUUCGAUUGGUUUGAUUUUUUCGCUGGCAAAUGCCGUUGCAUGCGCUAUGUAUGUGGUUGGUUUUUGUGAGUCAUUGAAUUCGCUGCUCAAUUCGUUUGGAGUGAGUAUUUUUGACGGAGACAUUCAAGAUCGACGUAUACUCGGUAGUAUAACCAUCAUCAUUUUGCUGUGGAUUGUGGUGAUUGGCAUGGAAUGGGAAGCAAAAGCUCAGAUUGUCCUGUUAUGCAUAUUACUCUUAGCCAUCGCUGAUUUUUUCAUCGGCACAUUCGUCGGUCCGAAAUCCUUAAUUGAAAAAUCCAGAGGGUUCAUUGGAUAUAACGCCACAACAUUCAAAGCGAAUCUCGGGACGGAUUAUCGCCAGUACGAUGAAGUUUCACACAAUUUCUUUUCGGUAUUUGCAAUUUUCUUUCCAGCUGCAACAGGAAUAUUAGCAGGCGCCAAUAUCUCUGGCGAUUUGAAGGAUCCAUCGCAUUCAAUUCCAAAAGGCACAAUUCUGGCUAUAUUCAUUACCUCCGCUACGUAUAUUAUAAUGGCUGUUGUGGUCGGCUCAGUUGUCGUUCGUGAUGCAACCGGCCACAUCGAAGACGCGAAAAAUGGUUCGUUCGACUUUUUAAACUGUACACCUGGCCAAUGUCAAUACGGUCUACAUAACUCAUUCGAGGUGAUUGAACUGGUUUCCCUUUUUGGCCCACUCAUUUAUGCCGGAUGCUUUGCAGCUACCCUAUCAUCGGCAUUGGCUAGUUUAGUAUCGGCACCAAAAGUUUUUCAGGCAUUGUGCAAAGACAAAUUAUAUCCCAAGAUUCAAUGGUUCGCACGCGGUUAUGGCAAGAACAAUGAACCAGUUCGCGGAUAUAUUUUAACAUUCAUCAUAUCAAUUGCAUUCAUCUUGAUUGGAGAUUUGAAUGCAAUAGCUCCAUUGAUUUCGAAUUUCUUUUUGGCUGCGUAUAUGUUGGUCAAUUUUUCAACGUUUCACGCGAGUUUGGCCAAGCCAGUGGGAUGGCGUCCAACAUUCAAGUAUUACAAUAUGUGGUUGAGCUUAUUGGGAGCUGCUCUCUGUGUGGCCGUUAUGUUUUUGAUCUCUUGGUCGACAGCCUUGUUGACAUUUGCCGCAGUCAUUGCACUCUAUUUAAUUGUUUCACAAAAUCGACCAGAUGUAAAUUGGGGGUCGACCACACAGGCGCAAACGUACAAAAAUGCACUACUUUCAGUGUUACAACUGAAUAACGUUGACGAACACGUAAAAAAUUAUCGCCCACAAAUUUUGGUGUUAUCUGGAUUGCCAAGUGCCCGGCCGAUACUCAUUGAUUUUGCCGAUUUGCUGACGAAGAAAUUGUCGCUUCUGAUUUGCGGUCAUAUCAUUGAGGGAACAUCGACACAGAGAGAACGAGUUUUUCUGCAGCGACAAGCACGCGAAUGGUUCAAAAAGCACAAGGUUAAGGGAUUUUACACGGUUGUCGAUGGCGAAAGUUUUGAAAAUGGUGCAAGAGCACUACUUCAAGCAUCUGGAGUCGGUAAACUGAAGCCAAACAUCGUUUUGAUGGGCUAUAAACAAGAUUGGCAAACUUGCACUAAAGAUGAACUUCAAUCUUAUUUCGAUACCAUUCACAAGGCUCUCGAUAUGCAUAUGGCCACAGCGAUCCUGCGAGUGGAAAAAGGUUUGGACUAUUCACGUGUUUUGGGCGAAGACAACGAAAAACAAACGGCCACCGAAGAACAACGUAUCAUUCAAACAAACGAUAGUACAACCGAUUUGUUGGCCAAUUCCCAUGUUCACGGCAGCAAUGAAUUCCUUAGCCGAAUUCCAUCACAAGCUGUGAAUGAAAAAUCCAACCACAACAAUAAUAACAACAACACAAAUUUGCGCAAAGCAAGUAGCAUAAGCGACUUAUCUGUGAUGACCAGCCCAGCGUCCGGCAAUACACGGAUCAACAUGCCAAGCGAUCCGAAUGAUAAGCAAGAUGCUGAGACUCAAUCAAGCCUACAAACCUAUUUACGUAAGACCAGCAAGCGAGCAACAGAAAAGCGAUCGUCAUUGUACACAGCACCAAAUGGUGAUGAACUUCCAAAGUAUGUAAUUCAAGAGUUGACGCAAUUUACGUGCAAACGUAACAAGGCAAUAAUCGACGUGUAUUGGCUCUAUGAUGACGGUGGAUUAACAUUGCUCCUGCCAUAUAUUAUCAGUAGGCGACGCAAUUGGGAAUCGGCACGAUUGCGUGUCUUUGCAUUGGCCAAUAAAAAGGAUGAAAUUGAAGUGGAAAUGUCAUCGAUGGCUAGUUUAUUGGCGAAAUUCCGCAUCGAUUACUCUGACCUCGAGCUAUUGACCGACAUCACGAAAAAAGCCGAAGACUCCACUUAUUACUAUUUCAAGGAUCUAAUUCGGAAUUUCACAAGCAAAGAGAAGGAGCUCUGUGACAAUCCAAAUGAAUCCAUUUUCAUUGAAGACAGCGAGUUAUUGGCCGUUAAGGACAAAACCAAUCGAUAUUUACGUUUGCGUGAGAAUCUAUUGAAAAAUUCGAUGAACUCCGACUUGAUUGUAAUGACUUUACCGAUGCCUCGAAAAAAUGUCGUGUCAGCGCCCCUCUACAUGGCUUGGUUGGAGAGUUUGAGUCGAGGAUUGCCGCCGCUGUUAUUCGUGCGAGGAAACCAGACCAGCGUACUAACAUUCUAUUCAUAAUUGUACAUCUCUCUAGAUGGUAUAUCGCUUCCACUGAAAUAAAUUUUCAAUGGAAAUCUAAUUUAAUAUAAUCGCCAGACAAAUUAUGCACAAUGACCAAAUUUAUACAUAGUAGUUGAAUAAAAAGCGAAAAUUAAGUUCACGUCUACACUACAAAA